CGGACUGUGGCCUCAAAGAGCCCUCCACCCGACGCCGACCCCAAAUUCCGAUCGGCCGAAUCUCGUCUGCUCCUUCUCUGCGAUUCCCGGGAGAUAAAAGUUGAAGCGCGGCAAAUUCGCUCCCGACGAAGACGAAUAGGAGCUUAGCUUUUUCAUCCCGUCGCCAUGGGGGACUACACCGAUGCGUUCAUGCGCAACCAGAACACUGCCGUUCGCGGCGCCACCAAGGCGCAGAACCGAGCUAACGUUCUCCAGCUCAAACUGAUUGGGCAAAGCCACCCAACUGGGUUGACAAACACCCUUUUGAAGCUUUUUGAGCCUCGUCCUCCAUUGGACUUCAAACCCCCUCCUGAGAAGAGAAAAUGCCCACCCUACUCUGGUAUGGCACAAUUUGUGAGCAAUUUUGCGGAGCCUGGUGACCCUGAAUAUGCUCCACCUGUUGAAAAAGCCGAAACUCCUGCACAAAGAAGAGCCAGAAUCCACAAGCUACGAUUGGAAAAAGGUGCAGAGAUUGCUGCUGAUGAACUUAAAAACUAUGAUCCCACUAAUGACUCGAAUGUCUCAGGAGAUCCGUACAAAACAUUGUUUGUGGCUAGGCUUAACUACGAGACAUCUGAGAGUAGAGUUAAAAGGGAGUUUGAGUCUUAUGGACCAAUAAAAAGGGUAGGCUACCAAAACACUUCAGCAAUUGUGAAGAUGUUCUUCUGGUAUUUCCUUCAUUUUCUUACUGUCUCCCAAUUAGAACAUUGCUCCCUGGUCCGCCUCGUGACAGACAAGGAUACAAACAAACCUAGAGGCUAUGCUUUCAUAGAAUAUGUGCAUACACGGGACAUGAAAGCUGCAUAUAAGCAAGCUGAUGGGAGAAAGAUUGAUGGUAGAAGGGUACUUGUUGAUGUCGAACGUGGUAGAACCGUGCCAAAUUGGAGGCCUCGCAGGCUUGGUGGUGGACUUGGAACUAGCAGAGUAGGUAGCGAAGAGGUUGCUACGAGGUACUUUGGGAGGCAUUAG